GGUGGAGACAGGUUGUUUGCCCGGCUGGUUGAGGUGGCUCAGGGCCUCGGCCUCUGAGUGGAAAAGGAGAAGCCUGGUUGCUGGAAAGCAGACUCUCUGGAGGCAGCAUUCAAAUUCCAGACCGGCCCCAAAGUUGCCCCUGACAAAAUUCCGAGGGACUCUGGACUCCUUGAGUCACCAUGGGAAACGAGAACAGCACCGCAGAGCACCAGAGGACUUCAUCAACUCUGAAUCCUAGAUCCGUGCAACCACCUGGGAUCGGUCAGAACACGAAAGGGAAGCAGGAGGACUCAUCCGGAAGCCCUGACCACGGGGACCCAUCCAGCGCUGGGCUCGGCAGCUCCCCCUCCACUUCUGAGAGUGCUGCCAGCUGGGAUCCGAGCAUCGUGUCCCCAGAGGUGACCGAGUCAAGGAAGUUCCUACAGGAAGCCAGGGGGCCAGGAGGUUCUCCACUGCCUGGCCCACUGCCAACCCGGGAGCAGGAGUGGCCCUGGAUCUCCACGCCCUUCACCGAGGGCCCCUCAGAAGCUUGCUUGGCAAGUCCUGAAGCUGCACCGGAAACUUCCCCAAGUGCCCCAGGGGAUGCCAUGGCAGCAUUUGCCCCAGAGGGGGACAGCUCUACUCAUCACAGCGUGACUGCCAUCGUCCCCAGUACUGGAUGUGACAAGGAGCCAAGGGAAGAGGCACAGAACUCCUCUUCCUCCAGCUGCGUUGACCAGUUGACAGGAAUUUCACCAGCCCCCCCUGGAGGGAUGCUGUGUGGAAAGGGUGGUGUUCCUGGUGGCUUAGAGUCCCAAGGGAAAGAGGCUGCAGGUUGCUGCUCCCCUGCAGAGUCCAGGCAAGGGCCAGCUUCUGUACGAGUGGCCACCAAGGUCCCAGAUGCUGCCCAGCUGUGCAAGGAGAGCUCAGCUAGCCUGGAGGAGUGCCCCCCAAGACCUGAGACCAUGGAAUCUCAAGGUCUAGCCACAGGAGCCUCAGACAGAGGAACAGGCCUAGCGGAGGUGCCGCCUCAGCAUUCAGCCGGUGACUUGGAAAUCCUCAGUGCCUGUGGUCCCUCCAGCAACCAUUCAGGCACUGCCCGCGAAGCUGAAGCAGAUUCUGCCUCCUGGGAAAGCUGCCAGAAGCAAAUGGGACCACCUCUGCCAUGCACAGAGCUGCCCCGGGACCCACCCAGUCCUUCUCUGGCUGCAGGAACCAGCAGUUCCUGGAAGAAGACUCUGGAUACCAGUGAUGCUCAGGGUCACUCACAAGAAACUGAGCCCCAUCAAGUCAUCUGUCAUGGUGGUCAGCCAGCUGGGGGUUUGCUGGUGAGGGCCCAGCCCUCUCCACUCACUCUGACUGAGGAAAUGCAUCCAGCUUCAAGCCUCAUUCCAUGUACAGAUGCCCAUAUUUCUGUCGCCAUAGAAGGAUCUAGAUGGUUGGCUAGGGAGACAUUUUCCAAGGCUGAGAUACCAGUUUCUGCAGAAGCAACCAAAAAUCUGAUGAAUACAGGGUUGGCAGGACUGGAGAAGGGAGCCUCAGUUCUUGGAAGAGAGAGAAAACACCCAGAAGAGAGGACUGGGGAGUUUCCUGGACCUUCACCUCAGGAGAGAGUAGAGUUCUGGAGCAGGGAGCAAAGUCACGUAGUCCCACCAGGGAUGCUGCUGCUCCCUCCUCCUCCUGGGACUUUGAGUGAAAGUACUGGAAGGUCAGAGUGGCUGAAGGAUGGAACCAAGGCCCCUGAGGAUGCUGAAGGUCCUGCUGUGGCUAGAGACAAAACCAGAUCAGCUGGAGAUGAUCCUAGGAGCCAGGAAGCUACCCCAGAACUACCUGAAAACCUGGGGGCGGAGGAGUCUCAGGCCUUCUGCUACAAGCCCAAUCCUAAGGGGGACAAAGAUGAAGUUUUGAAACCAAAUUGCAAUGAAAAAAUCAGAAUCCUUCCCAGCUCAGACUCAGCGCAGCCACCCAGGAAGAACGGUGCUGGACACGUAGAGAGGCCCGACUCUCAGUCAACAGAGGCAGGGCGGCAGGUGAUGGCCAACGCCCAUGUGACCACUGCAGCCACCUCACAGCACACGCUUCCUGAGGAGGAGCUGGUCCUGCCCCCAGCCCCAGAGGGAACUGAUGAGGAUGUUGUUCCUGAAGGAGCCACCUGGGAGAGGUCCAAAAGCCCCGAUUCACUUCAGGAUAGGGGGCAAUUGGGAAGAAUGGAGUCUCUUCCUGCUUUUGAAUCAGAGAAAUCAGAUUUCCUGUCAAAUCCUGCUGCAGAGGUUGUAUCCAAAGCUCAGGAGGUGAAGAACACAUUGGAAAAAAAGACAGCAGGCCACCUGUCCCCACAGAGGCCCUGCAGCUGUGAUGGGGAGACCUUGCUGACAUCCCCAGGCCCAUCCUCUGGGCUGGGGCACCAUACAGCUGGACAGGAAGUUCGUGCUGAUGUGCCAGACACUCCCUGUGAUGAGAACUCGGUAGUGGACGGUGGGCUUACGGUGUUCAGUCUGAAGGAGGAGUGUUGGGGAAACCCGCCCCACCCAGGGGACAGCUGGCCAAGAGGAGCUGCAUCUGAGAGGCCCCCACCACCUUCUGAGAACUGCCUCCAGCCACCGCAAUUAGACUCAGGAGCAACCAUCAUCGAUAUGCUCAGGGAGACAACUCAACCACAUGCACAAAGGAAAGAGGCUUAUCCAAGCAACCCAGGUGUGAAGACCCAGGAUGCAGGUCCUUCCCAAGUCCAUGUACCCACAGGGCCUCUGGAGGAUGUGUGUUCACCCUCCUGUGGAGGACAGGAGCAGGCAUCUGGAUCAGAACUUCAAAGUGCACUCCCCAGAGCUAGUCUCUGUGAUGCUCCAGGUUCGGUUCUAGAGAGUUCUCCAACUGAAGAGUCAGAAUCACCAACUCCAAUAGGACAGAAGUUGCCUGCAUUAGGAGAGAAUGGGCAAGAGGGAGCAGGUAGUGGUGGCCAUCUUUCAGGGGUCUUGCUUAAUGCAGGAGACACUUUAAAAGACUCUUCUCUUGCAGGGAACUUGGGUGGGGAGGGAAGCUGCUGUGCUGGGCAGGGGCUGAACAAGUCCCAACAGGAGCUGGGCGAUGCUGUGGAAGCAGGCAGCCAGCAUGAAGGGGCAUGCUGCUGGGAUGCGGGGGUUGCCGAGGUAGCUGACGCACGGCCCCCUCCCUCCGGCCUGCGUGAGGCAGAGAUGGCAAGUAGAGACACGGCGGGGGCCCCGCCUCAGCCACCUGACUCAGUGGCCCUCCUGGAUGCAGCGCUCUGUCUGGCAGCCCCGGCGCUGGCCAGCCCCAGAGUCACACCCACCCAGGAUGCUCCAGAGAGAGGGACCUGUGAUAAAGCCCAGGAAGACAGGCAGCAACCAGCGCCGGCCCCACAGCUGGAAAUGGAGUGCCCGGACACCUCGGCCACCACAGAUGCAGAGACCCACGAGCUUCUCGAGAGCUGCCCGUCAGCCGGGGAGCAAGCAGGUGAAGGCAGGGCUGCUGAAACUGGUGGGGGUGCCGGUGAAGGAGACCCAGCAAUGCAGCCAGCUCCAGAGGAGCCACUCACCGCUCCAGGGGGCGGCUUCGCCCACACUGAGCCCUGCCUUACCUCCAGGAACGGAGCAUCUACCUCCAUCCCCGGGGAGCCCUGCCCGACUGAGCAGCUCACGCCCAGCAGCCAGGAUGUCCUGCCACCAGCUGGAGAGCAGACUGGGAUGCCCAGAGGCGCAGAGGGCACUUCUGCCCACCAUGCUGGCCCUGACCCAGAGAGUCUCCUGCCCCCCGGGAAAGACGCUGCUCCUGACGCCCCUUACCUGCAUAUCGAUGGUGCUGCCAGGAAAGGAGCAGAAGGCAGUGGCCCGAAAGCUGUUUCCUCUGAGGGCCCCACGGAGGAGCCCCUGCCUGCCCUGGAAAAGGCUGCCUCUGUGAAGCUGCCAGCUGGCUCCCUCUUGCAACCGGAAGCUGCAGGUAGGGAAGGCCCUGCCAGCUCUGGAAGCCCCAAAGCGGGAAACAUGGGGGAACCCAUGGACUCCAUGCCCUACCUGGACAGGGCGCUUCUUCUGACCAAGGGCAAGCAGGUGACAGGGGAGGAGAAAGUGGCCGCAGCUCCAGACACCAGGCCCUGUGGGAUUCCAGCCUGUUCUGCCAGGGAGGACAGCAUGGUGGGUGGUGCAGCAAGAGAGACAGAGGGCAACAGGGAGCAGACAGUGGAGACGCCUCCAAGUCUGAGGAGGGGUGCACCAGGCGGUGCAGAGGCGAGCUCCAAGCAGCCCAGCGCCAUCGCGGGGCUCCCCGACUUCAGGGAGCCCAUCUCCAGGAUCUUUGAACAGUUCAUGCUUGGAGCCCUGACGGCUGCCCAGCCCCAGAAUGCACCCAGUGAGAAGGCGGGAGUUGGGAGGAGUGUGGUGGGCAAGGACCUCACUGUACUACUAAGCCUAGAGAAGCUUCUAGGUGGAACUCAAGGAAUGGCUGCAACCACUCUCCCUGCACCUCCUGCUGGACUCCAGGUGGAGAAGAAGUCAGAGUUGGCUGUCGAGGCUGAGAUUUCUCAUCUGGUGUCCCAGGAUAUAGCUCCAGACAAGUCGCUGGGUCUGGUGGGGACAGCCUUGGAGCAAAAUCAGCCAGCUGCCAGAGUUGAGGUGGCCCGUGUACCACUCACAGCAAGAAGUGAGAGGCCAGAGGGGCCUGGAGAGGCCUGGCCAGACCCGGGAGCCCAGGUUCACUCACACCUGGGGAGGGGUGGGCAGGCACUAGCUUCAGGCCUUUCCUCACCAGGAGCUGCUCAGGGGACAUCUUUAGAGAGAGCUGCUGAUUUCCAGGUGGCUUCCCAGCACCAUGGAGAAGAGGCCGCCAUUCAAGACGACAGGAUUCCUUCUGGAAAACAGCACCAGGAAACACUGGUCUCUGACAGUCACCGUAGAGAAGGUGGUACGGAGGACUUUGCUCACACAGUAGGUUCAGGUGACGUUCCGGGAUCUACCUGUGCUCUGGAAGCCUCUUCUCCUUGUGGGGAUGUUUUGAUUGUGCCUGAAGCUAAAAGUGACCUGCUUGAGGGUGAAAGGAAGUCUGAAGCUGCUGCCAGCAUCCUGGAAAUGCAGAAUGGCUCUGGCCACCAGAGCAUUCCUGAGCCACUGGCUGGAGAGGUGCUGGACACUCCCCAGGAGCCCAGCAAGGUGGCAGGAGCUGCUGGGGAAGAGAAGGGUGACAUCAUGUUGAGUGCAGCUGAGACACGGGCACAUGCAUCUGGUGACCUGCCAGAAACAGGUACUACAAGGAUGCUCUCUGGCGUAGCUCAUGACUCAGUGCUGCCAGGGAGCUGUCAGGCGAUGGAGGACACAGCUGCCCUGCGAGGGGACAGCCCAACUGGGCACCAGCUGGCCAAGGAGCAGUUGGGGCCUGAGCUCCCUGCUCCUGCUGGGCACAAGGAGGUGCGCAUCUCAUCCCCGGAGCCUGAUGACACUGGAGACCCGAAGCCACAACACUUGGCUCCAGAAGAGCAACCUGCUGACAGAAAGAGCCCCAGGCCUGGCCCAGCUACCUUGCCUACGGUUCCUGAGAAGGAUGCUUCAAGAUUCCCUUCAGAUGAGACCAGCUGUGUGGGAGGACCAGAAAGCACGCCUGCAGCAGCUGAGGUCACCCGGCCAGCUGCACUCCCAGACCUGGGAAACCCGCCCCUAGUGGCCUCUUCCCGCCAUGAUGACACCAUCCACCAGGUUUCCACGGGUCUGACAGCCCAGAGCACCUCCCCAGCUGCUGCCCACACGGGUCUUGCUGCCCCGGCCUCAGACCAUGCAGCUUUGCCUUCUACCUCAGCUGGCCACGGAGUAGACGUUUCCUCCUGCCAGGAUCUGGCCAAGGACAUAAGCAGGAGUUCUGACUCUGAAGAAGCAUUUGAGACCCCGGAGUCAACCACCCCUGUCAAAGCUCCACCAGCCCCACCCCCACCACCCCCGGAAGUCAUCCCAGAGCCCGAGGUCAGCGCACCACCAGCUCCAGAAGAACCAGGAUGUGGCUCUGAGACGGCCGCCGUCCCUGAUGGCCCACGCAGCGACUCGGUGGAAGGAAGCCCCUUCCGUCCCCCGCACUCCUCCUCCGCCGUCUUCGACGAAGACAAGCCGAUAGCCAGCAGCGGGACUUACAACCUGGACUUCGACAACAUCGAGCUGGUCGAUAACCUCCCGAGCUUGGAGCCCUCGGAGUGCAAGGCCAGCGCGCGGAGGAAGUCCACCGAGUCCGUGGCCCCCUCCAAGUCCACGCUGUCCCGCUCCCUCAGCCUGCAAGCCGGUGACUUCGACGGUGCUUCCUGCUCGGGCGGCCCCGAGGCCGCAGCCCUCGCCCCGGACGCAGGCAGCACCGGCUCCUGCAGCGCCUCCAGCACCCUUAAGCGAACUAAAAAGCCCAGGCCGCCGUCCCUGAAAAAGAAACAGACCCCCAAGAAGCCCCCGGAAGCGCCCCCAGUGAAGGAGACCCACCAGGAGCCAGCGGAAGAGAGCCCCGUCCCCGGCGAGGAGUACCUGGCCUCGGAGACGAAGACGGAGCCCGCGGCCACGGAGGGCUCGGGGUCCGCCUCGUCAGAAGAGACGCCCCUGGAGCCUGCCGCUGUGCCCACGGCCGCCUGUCCCCUGGACCCGGAGUGUGUGGCUGCCGGAGGUGGCAGGGUGCAGAACUCGCCCCCUGUUGGGAGGAAAUCGCUGCCUCUUACCACGGCCCCCGAGGCCACGGAGGCGACCCCGUCGGAUAGUGGGGGACAGGAGGACUCCCCAGCCAGAGGGCUGUCAGUGAGGCUGGAGUUUGACUAUUCUGAGGACAAGGGUAGUUGGGACAACCAGCAGGAAAACCCCCCUCCUACCAAAAAGAUAGGCAAAAAGCCUGUUGCCAAAAUGCCCCUAAGGAGGCCAAAGAUGAAGAAGACCCCCGAGAAACCCGACAACACUCCUGCCUCACCUCCCAGAUCCCCCGUUGACCCCAGUGACAUCCCUGUUGCUAAAGGUACCUACACCUUUGAUAUUGACAAGUGGGAUGACCCCAAUUUUAACCCUUUUUCUUCCACCUCAAAAAUGCAGGAGUCUCCCAAACUGCCCCAACAGUCGUAUAACUUUGACCCAGACGCCUGUGACGAGUCCCUCGAUCCCUUUAAGACAUCCUCUAAGACCCCGAGCUCACCUUCUAAAUCCCCAGCCUCCUUUGAGAUCCCAGCCAGUGCCAUCGAAGCCAAUGGAGUGGAUGGGGACGGGCUGAACAAGCCCGCCAAGAAGAAGAAGACGCCUCUGAAGACGAUGGUUGAAGAUGUGAUGUCUGUGUGUUCUCUGUUUGACACAUUUAGGGUGAAAAAGUCGCCAAAACGAUGUCCUCUCUCUGAUCCACCCUCUCAGGACCCUACUCCAGCCGCGACACCAGAAACACCACCGGUGAUCUCUGCAGUGGUCCACGCGACAGAUGAGGAAAAGCUGGCGGUCACCAAUCAGAAGUGGACAUGCAUGACGGUGGACCUGGAGGCUGACAAACAGGACUUCCCACAGCCCUCGGACCUGUCCACCUUUGUAAAUGAGACCAAAUUCAAUUCGCCCACAGAGGGUAAGCAACUCGGUGGCCGGCCGGAACCCCUCCCUGCCUUGGAGAAUGCUGCCUCUAGGGAGCAGAGGGCCAGGAAAGGCCCUUCUCACCCAGAGUUGGAUUACAGAAACUCCUAUGAAAUUGAAUAUAUGGAAAAACUCGGCUCCUCCUUACCUCAGGUCGAUGAUGCCCCGGAGAAGCAAGCCUUGUACCUUAUGUUCGACACCUCUCAGGAGAGCCCCGUCAAGUCUCCCACCCGGAUGUCAGAGCCCCCGACGCCGUGUUCAGGGUCAAGUUUUGAGGAAACCGAAGCCCUUGUCAAUGCUGCAGCAAAAAUCCAGCGUCCUGUUUCACGAGGGCUGGCCUCCAGCCAAGAGCCACAUUUACAGGUGCCAGAGAAGUCCUCCCAGAAAGAACUGGAGGCCAUGGCCUUGGGCACCUCUUCAGAGGCGAUUGAAAUAACAGCUCCUGAGGGUGCCUUUGCCUCUGCUGAUGCCCUUCUCAGCAGGCUGGCCCACCCCGCCUCUCUCUGUGGUGCGCUUGACUAUCUGGAACCCGACUUAGCAGAAAAGAACCCCCCAGUAUUUGCUCAGAAACUUCAGGAGGAGUUAGAAUUUGCCAUCAUGCGGAUAGAAGCCCUGAAGCUGGCCAGGCAGAUCGCCCUGGCUUCCCGCAGCCACCAGGACGCCAAGAGAGAAGCUGCUCACCCACCAGAUGUCUCCAUCUCCAAAACAGCCUUGUACUCCCGCAUCGGGACCUCGGAGGUGGAGAAGCCGGCAGGCCUCCUGUUCCAGCAGCCGGACCUGGACUCUGCGCUCCAGGUCGCCCGAGCAGAGGUCCUGACCAAGGAGAGAGAGGUCUCGGAGUGGAAAGAGAAAUACGAAGAAAGCAGGCGUGAGGUGAUGGAAAUGAGGAAGAUCGUGGCUGAGUAUGAGAAGACCAUCGCACAGAUGAUAGAGGAUGAACAGAGGGAGAAGUCCGUCUCCCACCAAACGGUGCAGCAGCUGGUCCUGGAGAAGGAGCAGGCCCUGGCCGACCUGAACUCCGUGGAGAAGUCUCUGGCUGACCUUUUCAGGAGAUACGAGAAGAUGAAGGAGGUCCUAGAAGGUUUCCGCAAGAAUGAAGAGGUGCUAAAGAAAUGUGCACAGGAGUACCUGUCCCGAGUGAAGAAGGAGGAGCAGAGGUACCAGGCCCUGAAGGUGCACGCGGAGGAGAAACUGGACAGGGCCAAUGCUGAAAUUGCCCAGGUCCGAGGAAAGGCCCAGCAGGAGCAGGCCGCCUACCAGGCCAGCUUGCGGAAGGAGCAGCUGCGAGUGGAUGCUCUGGAAAGGACACUGGAGCAGAAGAAUAAAGAGAUAGAAGAACUCACCAAGAUUUGUGAUGAACUGAUUGCCAAAAUGGGGAAAAGCUAACUUUGAACCAAAUGCUGGGACUUGACCGUUGCGUGCAAUAUGGCCGUCGGCACACUGCCGUCCUUCCACCCACACGGACAGGUUCUGUCUUCACUUUUCGUAUGCACUACUGUAUUUCCUUUCUAAAUAAAGUUGGUUUGAUUGUAUGCAGUGCUAAGGAGACUAUCAGGAUUUCUUGCUAUUGGUUUGCAUUUUCCUAGUAUAAUUCAUAGCAAGUUGACCUCAGAGUUCCUGUAUCAGGGAGAUUGUCUGAUUCUCUAAUAAACACAUUGCUGACCUUGGUCUUGCCCUUUGUACACGAAUUCCCAGAUGAGCAGGUUGGAUUUCAUAUGAACAUGUACAGCGUGCAUAGGGACUCUUGCCUUAAGGAGUGUAAACUUGAUCUGCAUUUGCUGAUUUGUUUUAAAAAAAAAAAUGCAUGUUUCAAAUAAAAUUCUCUAUUGUAAAUAAAUUUUUUUCUUUGGAUCUUG